UUCAGUGAUGUUUUAAAUUCACUAAAAUAUUACUCUAAGUUAAAGCUAGUAAUUUCACAUGUUUCAAAAUUCUAAGUUCUCUCGUAUAGAAUGGCCCAUGACGUAGAUUAUAAUUUCGGCGAUUCUUAUAAUACUGAAAAUACAUACAUUGACAACCACUGGACCAAUGGGUAUGCCGCUAGUUCAAUUGAUACACAUGUUUUGCAAGGAAUUAAAUGUAGACAAGAAAAACCGACAGACUUGAGGUAUCAAACUCAAAACACUUUCAACGUUGGUAAUAUAAUAAACAAAUGUUCUGAAAACAAACGAUAUAAAAGUAAUAAUGUAAUGAAGCACAAGAAACUGUCGAGUAAAAUGAAAGCAAGUUCAUUCAGUUACCGGGCUCCGAAAUGCUCAAUGAGAAUAGCUGAAUUGGCGAUUCCAGCUAAACGACGAUGUCUUGAAACUUGGAGAGAAAAUUACGACAAGCUGUCCAUUUUUGCGGUGGAACGUUUAAGGAAAUAUGUGAUGGACGAGUAUCCAAUAGUGCGUAUCCCAGAUGCGAUUCGUAGUUUUAAGCACGCCAGUUCGUUGAAGAGGCGAGUUUUACGAUUCAUUUACAUUAAUCUAUAGUAAAUUAAUUUGGUUUACCCAAAUAAAUAUUAAUUUGGAUAGCGGUCGUGUCUUCUCCAAUUUCUCAAGGGGUAUAUGUAUAUAAGUACGUCCAUCUUAUUCCGUCGUUUCUGGGUUAGAAGUUGUAUACGGUAGGUACGGGUACCGGUAUCUAAGGUACCUAUUUAAUUGUUAUUAUUAUAUUUAAAAAAAUUAACUCAAUUUAUAAUUACAAUCAAUAGAUAUAUAAAAUAAUAUCUUUUUUUCAUUUAAGUGAAUACUUAAUGAUUUGUAUCCGUAAAAACAGUUACAUGCAAUUAAUUAUUUUAGUGGCCGUUAAUGACUAGCUUUAACGUUCUCAAAUAUUUUUUGGGAAAUAUUUCCUUUUUCAAAAUGUCCAUAGAAAAAAAGAAACGAUAUUAUUAUUUAAAUAUUGAAUUAUAAGUAAUUUUAAUUGAAUGUCCUUAGAACAUAAAAACUAUGAAAAAACAUGUAAAAAAAAAAGAUGUACAAAUAAAGAAUUCAAAAUAAAAUGCUGCCUUCAUUUAUAAAAUACCUCAUAAUUUUUCAGGUCUUACCGUAGAAAGCACUGCAAUAAAACAAAACCUAUCAAAAAUUCUCAGAAAAACAAAACAAAGUUGUUGUGCAAACUUUUCAGUCGCAGAAUUGCACACAUACUAAUUAACCCUCCCGAUGUUUCCUUAUGUUCACGGUUGGAGAAAUUACUCAAUGUAGUCACCGAGGAAUUAAAGAUUAUCAAUAAAAAAUCGCUAAUAUCCACAAAUAUAAAUAAUAAGAUUCUCACUGGAGCAUCGAAAAAAGUCACUCUAUGGAUAGAUAGUAUUUUAGAAGAAUCAUCAUUAAAACUUUUAGAAGAGGAUCUUAGAGAGUUAGAAGAACAAGAGGGACCCGUUCUCGAUUUUAUUGACAUUUUGAUGGAAAAUGUUUUGAAAGCAUGCAAACCUGAACAACUGGAUAGUGACCAUAGCGAUCUUAGUUUUAAAACAUUUGAAACAGGAUCUCAAGACGAAGAUCCCUCUUCUCAAUCUUUUCCUCUAGAAAUUGAACAAUCAGCAUCUGUUAUGAGCAAUGUCGUUGAAGAGCUUGUGGACAACUCAACAGACUUACAAAGUCUACACCUAACUGAAAUUGUGCCGAACCAUAAUCAAGAUAAUGAAAUCACUAUUUUGAGUCAUGAUGAUGAUAUUGUAAAUGAAUUGAGCAAAGAAAUAAAUAACAUAAUAGACAGCAUAGCACUUCAAAUUUUUCAAAAUGGACCAUUGCAAAACAUCACUGAUAAUAAAAAAAUGGACAUUAACAACGUUACAAAUAUUCAUACUGUAACAACAGGUAAUGUUGGUGACGACAUAGACGGGGUUCCUGAAGCUGUUGAAAUUAAUGAACAUAAACAAGAAACAUUAAUUAUUGACAAUGCUGUUUCUGACAACGAAAAUAUAUCCGUACCAGACGACAAAUCUGAUUUGGAAAAAUCUUAUCGCGGUCAACAGAAUGUUCAGAUAGUUAUAGAAAGUGAUGAAGAUGAAAACGAAAUUAAAUACAAUGUCGACGAUGAAAAUAAACCAAAUGUACCAAAUUAUUUAUUUAACGAAAGGUUUAGCGAGGAGAGGAAUAAAAAGGUUAAAUUUACCCGUCCAAAUAAGGGUACAAGGCUUCUUUGAUAAUUAAAAAAAAAAACAUUUUUUAUCAAUGUUACGUUGUGUCGAGUUCAAAACUCAACUUGCAUUUAACGGUUCACCAAGCCCAUAUACUUCACAGUGUGAUUACAUUCCUAGUGACAAUAGGGCGAUGUAUCAAAUGUGUUGGUAUAAAACUAUCUACCUCACCCUUCAAAUCGGAACAUAUGUUUCCUUCAGUACCUAUAUGCGAACAGCUAAUGCAUUCAUUCGUACUCUAAUAUUAUAAAUGUAAAGGUGUGUUUGU